CUGCACUCUGCCUUCUGCCUCCUAAGAUCACCCCGCCGAGAACGCGAUUAAUUUAUUUCUUCGCAUCGAACGCAUAUCCGUGUACGCUUCUCGCGCGCGCGUGUGUGGUGUCCCUCGCUACAUCAAAGUCAUUGGUCUGCGCGUCCAUCAUGGCGGAAUUCGUGCGUGCCCAGAUCUUUGGCACGACCUUUGAGAUCACCAGCAGAUACUCCGAUCUCCAGCCCGUGGGAAUGGGCGCCUUUGGUCUGGUCUGUUCUGCGAAGGAUCAAUUGACCGGCCAACCCGUUGCGGUGAAGAAGAUCAUGAAGCCUUUCAGCACGCCAGUGCUUUCGAAACGCACAUACCGUGAGCUCAAGCUGCUCAAGCAUUUGAGGCAUGAAAAUGUUAUUAGCUUGAGCGACAUUUUUAUUUCUCCGCUGGAGGACAUUUACUUCGUCACCGAGCUCCUAGGAACUGAUUUGCAUCGGCUUCUUACUUCGCGCCCUCUCGAGAAACAAUUUAUUCAGUACUUCCUUUAUCAGAUUUUGCGUGGACUGAAAUACGUCCAUUCGGCCGGUGUCGUCCACCGUGACCUGAAACCGAGCAAUAUUCUCAUUAACGAGAAUUGCGACUUGAAGAUUUGCGAUUUUGGAUUGGCUCGAAUUCAGGACCCUCAGAUGACCGGCUAUGUGUCGACGAGAUAUUACCGUGCCCCGGAAAUUAUGCUCACAUGGCAAAAGUACGACGUCGAGGUCGAUAUUUGGAGUGCCGGAUGUAUAUUUGCAGAAAUGCUGGACGGGAAGCCAUUGUUCCCUGGCAAAGAUCAUGUCAAUCAGUUCUCUAUAAUUACUGAACUUCUUGGGACACCCCCAGACGAUGUGAUUCAAACAAUCUGCAGUGAAAAUACACUGCGAUUUGUUCAAUCAUUACCAAAGCGAGAGCGACAACCGUUGGCUAGCAAGUUUAAGACUGCCGACCCGGCGGCCGUGGAUUUACUCGAAAACAUGCUUGUUUUUGAUCCGAGGAAGCGCAUCAGGGCCGGUGAUGCUCUGGCCCACGAAUAUCUAGCACCUUAUCACGAUCCUACCGACGAACCCGUUGCCGAAGAGAAAUUCGAUUGGUCUUUCAACGAUGCCGAUCUACCGGUGGACACCUGGAAAAUCAUGAUGUACUCGGAGAUACUAGACUAUCAUAACAUUGACCAAGGCUCCGAAGUGGCGCAGGCGACGUUGCAACAAGCGGAAGGAGUUGCUCCCUAAGUCUGGUAGAUGGAAGAAGCCCGCGUAUUACGUUUUUUGAGAAGGUGUUGCAGAGCGUAUAGGGAUU